AUGGUGACCAGUGUGCUAGCAGACAGACAUCCGGGCGAGCUCCAUAUCUUCAGGAACUAUAACCCACCAUCUCUGAAGAGGGAGCCCGCAUACUCCACCUCCACAACCUUCAAGUCUCUCACCAUCCCACAGGAACAACUCGUCUGGAGAGCUGCCCGCUCCAGCGGUGCUGCCCCCACCUAUUUCCGACCGAUGGGCCGGUUCCUGGAUGGAGGGCUGUUGGCCAACAACCCGACACUCCGCCACUCCGCCAUGACAGAAAUCCACCAGUUUAACAAGUCUUUAAAGGCGGAGGGCCGUGAGAUGGACGUCAAGAAGCUGGGUAUAGUUGUUUCUCUGGGAACAGGUAAGCCCCCUCAGGAGGUGGUGACAUCUGUGGAUGUUUUCCGGCCCUCCAACCCUCUGGAGCUGGCCAAGACAUUCGUAGGUGCCAAGGAGCUGGGCAAGAUGUUGGUGGACUGUUGUACGGACUCUGAUGGUUGCGCAGUGGACAGGGCUAGAGCCUGGUGUGAGAUGAUCGACACCAUCUACCAAAGACUGAGCCCCCAGCUCUCUCAGGAGGUGAUGCUGGAUGAAGUGAGCAACAAAGUUCUGGUGAACAUGCUGUGGGCAACUCUGAUGUACCUGUUUGAGAAAAGAGAAGUCCUCCAGUCUCUUGCAAAAAUGCUGCAGUGAGGCCGAAAGGAGAAGGAAAUCAUAAAGAGGGCUCACAAGCAAAGUCUAAAAAAUAUUCAAGAGUCUACAAGAACUAGCACUGUUCAGAGAAAAAUACACAGGAACUGUGGGGCUUCCUGAAGGGUCAGCGAUAGUGAGAAAUAAAACCACAGUUCUAACGUU